UUUUUUACUUAUUUACCUACAUUAAGUGUUCGAGUAUCCCGGCUGAUCUAUAUUGUAUGGUAUAAAUACCGAUGGACGGACGAUCUGGUCAUCAGUAGCCAUCUGCAGCUCCCAGGGUCAAGAUGAGAGUUCUGAUUGUAUCCGCCCUCUUCGCCGUCGCGGCCGCCGCGCCCUCAGGCCUCUUCGCACCAGUCAUCGUCCCAGCCGUCAGAACCGUUGCAGUACCAGCAGCCAUCCCCACCAUCUCACCCGGAGACAUCCAGGCAGCGGCCAUCGACGCCCAAGUACAAGCUCAAGAUCAGGCCCAAGCCGCCGCUGAUAAAGCCAGAGAAUUAGCUGAACAAGCUACUGAGAACAUCAACGAGAAAGCGAUAACAGACUCAACUGUAGCUAAUGAGCAGAAUUUGGAAGCUUUCUGGUCUGCUGAAGACAAGAAAUGGCAGGCAGUUGAUGCUUUGAAAACUGCUGAAGCUCAGAUCGAUGGUGCUGUAGCUAGCAAUGCUAAUCUGAUUGCUAAAUCUGCUGUCAACGGUGUCUAUCCUUAUGUAGCAGCUGUAGGUGCCGUUGCACCUAUCGUAGCUCCUAUCCCACCAGUAGUCUAUUCUCCCUACGUAGGUGCUACAAGUUACUCCACCCAGACUCUGGUAACUGGACAAGAAAUCAAAACUGAAAUCAAAGAAGAAAACAAGGAACAAGAAGCUGCUGUCAAGACCUCUGAACCAGCGAAAGAAGCCGAACCAGCUCAAGGUGCCAAGGAACCAGAAAAGGCCGAAGCAACCGAGUCCCCAGCAGUCAAAGCCGCUGUAAACUUAAACGAGAAACCUGCAUUAAUUGCUCAACCGUUGGUUGCUCAAAUCGGCCUUCCUAAUGUAUACAGAUAUGACGUGGCGGUCCCAGCAGUUAGUCACGUGGUUGGACAACCGAUUCUGAAGUAUGCUGCAGUCCAACCAGUCCUGGCUCCGACGUUUGUCAAGGCUUGGUAAGAGUGGAGGUGGAAUAAUUAAAAAUGAUAAUUCGAACGACUA